CGAAGAAAAAGUAAAGAAAAGAUCUUUAUAGAACUGCUUUUCGUUGUGGACCCGGAAGUCGUGUUUUAAUACGAGUGACGUCAUACGCGGGAUUACUUUAGAGCUUAGUCUCCCAGAGACUCACGUCCAAGAUGGCGGAUCGCAGGACAAAAGUCRCGUUACGUAACWAAAUAAGAAUAAUAAAUGAAAAAUGGCGGGUAAAAAAGCACAUAAUACUAUCCACUGGUUCCGUAAGGGAUUGCGGCUUCAUGAUAAUCCAUCGUUGAAGGAAGCCUUUGAAUCUAGUGURAAUAUUCGGCCUAUUUAUGUCCUGGAUUCGGAUGAUGUUCAACAUGGGAAUAUUGGGGUCGUGAGAUGGCGGUUUGUUUUGCAGUCUUUGGAAGAUCUUGACAGGAGUUUGAGGAAACUGAAUUCAAGGUUAUUUGUGGUAAGGGGCAAGCCCACAGUCCUAUUCCCAAAGCUUUUCAAAGAGUGGAAUAUUACCAAGCUGACAUUUGAAGUUGACACAGAUGGUCCAGCGAGACAACGAGAUGCAGAGAUCAUCAAGCUUGCAAAUGACGCUGGUGUAGAUGUGGUUCAGAAAGUUUCUCACACACUUUACAAUAUCGAUGAUGUUUUAGGCAAGAACCUAGGCAGAGCUCCUUCAACAUACAAAAGUUUUCAAGCUGUAAUUUCAUCCCUUGGACCCCCUGAGGUACCAAUACCUACCAUCGAGGAAACUGAUGUUGGAGUAUGUAAGACACCCAUUGAAGAUGAUCAUGAUGGAUUGUAUGGUCUGCCAACACUAGAAGAGAUAGGACUUACAGUUYCAGAUGAGUCAAAGGAGGUUUUAUAUCCAGGUGGAGAAACAGAAGCUUUGAGAAGAAUGCAUGAGUACAUGGCUAAAGAGGAUUGGGUGUGCAAGUUUGAAAAACCAAAUACCUCACCAAACUCUCUUGAACCUAGUACGACAGUUCUGAGUCCCUACYUGACUUUUGGUUGUCUGUCAGCAAGAUUGUUCUAUGUUCAACUUUCCGACAUCUACUCUAGGGCUAAAAAGCAUUCCCAGCCUCCUGUUUCUCUGYAUGGCCAGCUACUGUGGAGAGAGUUCUUUACUACUUGUGCCUACAAUAUUCCAAACUUUAACAGAAUGGAGGGAAACCCUGUAUGUCUACAGAUCCCUUGGGAUAAGAAUGAUGAAUAUCUGAAGGCUUGGGAAGAGGCUCGAACUGGUUACCCCUUCAUAGAUGCUAUCAUGACUAAACUAAGAAGAGAAGGCUGGAUCCAUCACUUAGCACGCCAUGCUGUAGCAUGUUUUCUAACCCGAGGUGACUUGUGGAUCAGCUGGGAGGAAGGCCUCAAGGUAUUCGAGAAUCUCCUAAUCGACCAUGACUGGAGUCUGAACGCUGGCAACUGGAUGUGGCUGUCUGCCAGCGCGUUUUUUCAUGCGUAUUUCAGGGUUUAUAGUCCUGUGGCUUUUGGCAAGAAGACGGACCCAAACGGUGACUUUAUCAGGAAAUAUAUUCCCAUAUUGAAGCGUUUCCCCGCCAAGUACAUCUACGAGCCAUGGAACUCUCCCCUGAACGUACAAGAGAAGGCUGGAUGUAUGAUCGGUAAGGACUAUCCUCGUCCUAUCAUCGAACAUAGCAAAGCCGUAGCCAAAAAUCUAGCGAGAAUGAAGAAAGCAAGGGAAGCAAAGUAUGGGUCCAAAGAAAGUAAUCCAGAAAAAGCGACCAAAACGUCUCCCUCGAAACGAAAAAGCACCUCCAAAGACGAUAAAACUGCAAAGAAAGUUAGAAAAAUAACAGACUUUACGACUUAAGCCUCUUGUUGGAACUCAAUUUACACCAACGUCUUUUUUCCUUGGUUAUUGAUUCAUCCAUGAGAGACUAUUAGCACGUGACACACAUCACGUGACUGGAUCGUGACGUCAUGAAGCACUACACCCAACCCACCCCUCUCAUGAAAAAAUUGAAUCUGAAUUCAUAUUUAAUGUUAAAAAUGUACAAAGGCUUUGGAUAUUAAUUUCUUGGUUAUUGUUUAUUAAAACAUGCAUAGUACAUC